AUGGGUUGUGGCAUUUCGCGGUUCCACCUGCAUGAUGAAGAUGCCCCCCUCAACUGCAAAUCCAAUGAAUUACCAGAGACAUAUCCCGGUUCCAUCCAUUCCCUUGUAAAAAAUGGAGAUGAAAUGGAAAACCAGAAUCAUGAAAAAGAAGAGGAGGUUAUUAAUGGAAAUGUGGGGAACAAGAAAUUAGUUGGACAGGAUAAAGACAGGGAGAUUAAUUAUAAGGGGAAUAUAGAAAAGAAGUUGAGAAUACAUAAUGAUGAGGAAGAAGAAGAUGAUGAACGAGAGGGUGAAAGAAUUUCAGAUGUCAAUGGUUGGAUUGGAUCACCAAGUUUUCGGGAGUAUUGCGUGGAUUGCAAGUCAGAAGAUGGUUUCAAGGGUAAUGAAGAUGCUGACGAGAGGGAAAUCGAGAUCCGUGCAGGGGACAAAAUUAAAUUGUCCAAUGUGGUACAUGUUACGGAGAAAAGAAGAGGAAGAAGAUUCAUAAAAGUAUUUCCAAUGCACAGAUCAAGUGGUGUUAGAAACUUUUUAAAUGUGUCGACUUGCUACAACCCUAAUGCUUCUUCUUAUAAAGAAGGCCAUACCAAAUCACUUGAAAAAAAAAUUAUCGAUGAAUAA